UCAGUAUAUUUUCGGUAUGUUUUGGAACUGUGACGUAUGUCGGUAUACUUCUGAACGUCCACCUAAAAGCAAGCGAUGUGAGAAAGGAGAAAAAAUUAGUUAGACAGAAAUUCGAGUUUCAAGUGUGUUUUAAUUUUUAAACAAUUUUUCAAGCGAAUUUGUGUGCAGGUGAAAACCAAAACGACACCCGUAUGUCGCAUAAUCCCGAGGACUUCGGGCAAUCAGAAAACGCGCAAAACGAUUUUCUUAGCAAUGGAUCCGCCGAAAAUUGCUAUGAAUCGAACUCCACGCCGACCCUAGUUGUGGUAGACAUCGGCACCAUACAGGAGGCGGGGAACAAAGACAAUCCCGAUGCUCAUGAAAAUUGUAAUGGGAACGGCAAUGAGCCACUAUAUACACAAAUACACGCAGAACAACACUUUGGCAUACAAAUAAAGCCAGAACCACAACCACAGCCAGAGAAACAGCAGCAGCAGCAGCAGCUGGCGCCCGAACACACUCAUCCGAAUCCGCAUCCAAGUGAUCCAUGUGAGCUGGUACCGACUGGUCUUGGUGCUUUCGAGAUAUCUGGCAACGCUGCACCACCAGACCUUUCUGAAGAACGUCAAACAGAAAAACCGCAGAAACCCGAUAAUAUCGUAAAACUGAACGACGACAACGAGCAGCAGCAGGAGCCCGAACGUCCGCAUCCGAUUGAUCCGAUUGUGGGGGUAUCUGGCACCGGUAUAGAAGACUCGCAGACAGAGGGACAACAGAAACCCGACAACAUCCAACCGGAAAUAACAUUGAACAACAACGAUCCGCAGAAGCCUGCAACUAUCUCGGAGGACAGUACUGCGCCCUCGAUUGUGGUUAUUGAAAUAGUCGAUGAGCAGGACCUGCUGUUAGAUUCAAACCGUGUAUCUCCCGAUUAUACACGUAUAAAUAAAGUGCGCGAGUGGCUCAGCGAAGAAGAAAGACAAGACCUCGAAGAAUCAGAGGAAGAGAUCGACCUGGAAUUGCAGGUAUUGAAAUAUCCCUUAACACCCUCUUACGUAGCCGAAACUGGGCGAAAGGAGAGGCUUCCGACCGAGGAACACUUCGCAGCGGAAAAAGGAGCGGGUGUGGCGCCCAAACGAAAGAAGCAGGAGGAAGAGGAACUGCUGCCGUGCAAGAAAAUUAGCAAGUAUCGUUCCUGGCUGGAGUGCGGGAGCAAGGAUUCUUUUCCAAAUCUUUCCAACCCAUUAAACAAGGACUGGCCCCAACAGAAUAACGUCUCAUCCACGCCUGAGAGAGAGGAGGAAGGAGACGAGGAGCACGAGGUGCUUAAACCGAACGACUGUGCUUCCACCGCACCGCCCAAAGACAUAUCAUCCCAGUCCCACUCCAAGGAAGAAGAGUUCCAAUAUAUCUCUGAUACAGAGACAGAGUUAAGGUCAGACGAAUCCGAGAUCCAGGAAAUUACCGAGUCAGACGAAGAAAGGGUCCAAGCGGGUUUUUCCCCGCCUUUAUCUCUGGCAGGGGAUUCGGAGACGAAUCAAGAGGACGCGACUUCGUCGUUGUCCAAUGAGGAAUAUCCUUCGGCAAACAUCGACGCACUAAUCCCUGUAAUAGGCGACGAGAAAAAGGCGACUCAGUUGUGGGACUCAGAGAAAUAUCCCUCGGCAGGCACGCACGCCGAGCAGGAGGCUCCCGUGUAUCUCACGCUUGAGCCGGCAAAAGAGCUGCAGUCCCAAGAGAUUGCCGCUGAAGAAGAACAAAGAAAAAGCGACGAGAAGAAGGCGACUCAGUUGUGGGACCCAGAGAAAUAUCCCUCGGCAGGCACGCACGCCGAGCAGGAGGCUCCCGUGUAUCUCACGCUUGUGCCGGCAAAAGAGCUGCAGUCCCAAGAGAUUGCCGCUGAAGAAGAACAAAGAAGAAGCGACGAGAAGAAGGCGACUCAGUUGUGGGACCCAGAGAAAUAUCCCUCGGCAGGCAUACACGCCGAGCAGGAGGCUCUCUUGUAUCUCACGCUUGUGCCGGCAAAAGAGCUGCAGUCGCAAGAGAUUGCCGCUGAAGAAGAACAAAGAAGAAGCGACGAGAAGAAGGCGACUCAGUUGUGGGACCCAGAGAAAUAUCCCUCGGCAGGCACACACGCCGAGCAGGAGGCUCCCGUGUAUCUCACGCCUGAGCCGGCAAAAGAGCUGCAGUCGCAAGAGAUUGCCGCUGAAGAAGAACAAAGAAGCGACGAGAAGAAGGCGACACAGUUGUGGGACCCAGAGAAAUAUCCCUCGGCAGGCACGCACGCCGAGCAGGAGGCUCCCGUGUAUCUCACGCUUGAGCCGGCAAAAGAGCUGCAGUCGCAAGAGAUUGCCGCUGAAGAAGAACAAAGAAGCGACGAGAAGAAGGCGACACAGUUGUGGGACCCAGAGAAAUAUCCCUCGGCAGGCACGCACGCCGAGCAGGAGGCUCCCGUGUAUCUCACGCUUGAGCCGGCAAAAGAGCUGCAGUCGCAAGAGAUUGCCGCUGAAGAAGAACAAAGAAGCGACGAGAAGAAGGCGACACAGUUGUGGGACCCAGAGAAAUAUCCCUCGGCAGGCACGCACGCCGAGCAGGAGGCUCCCGUGUAUCUCACGCUUGUGCCGGCAAAAGAGCUGCAGUCCCAAGAGAUUGCCGCUGAAGAAGAACAAAGAAGAAGCGACGAGAAGAAGGCGACUCAGUUGUGGGACCCAGAGAAAUAUCCCUCGGCAGGCAUACACGCCGAGCAGGAGGCUCCCUUGUAUCUCACGCUUGUGCCGGCAAAAGAGCUGCAGUCGCAAGAGAUUGCCGCUGAAGAAGAACAAAGAAGAAGCGACGAGAAGAAGGCGACUCAGUUGUGGGACCCAGAGAAAUAUCCCUCGGCAGGCACACACGCCGAGCAGGAGGCUCCCGUGUAUCUCACGCCUGAGCCGGCAAAAGAGCUGCAGUCGCAAGAGAUUGCCGCUGAAGAAGAACAAAGAAGAAGCGACGAGAAGAAGGCGACUCAGUUGUGGGACCCAGAGAAAUAUCCCUCGGCAGGCAUACACGCCGAGCAGGAGGCUCCCUUGUAUCUCACGCUUGUGCCGGCAAAAGAGCUGCAGUCGCAAGAGAUUGCCGCUGAAGAAGAACAAAGAAGAAGCGACGAGAAGAAGGCGACUCAGUUGUGGGACCCAGAGAAAUAUCCCUCGGCAGGCACACACGCCGAGCAGGAGGCUCCCGUGUAUCUCACGCCUGAGCCGGCAAAAGAGCUGCAGUCGCAAGAGAUUGCCGCUGAAGAAGAACAAACAAGAAGCGAGCUACCACACGAGACUGGAUCGAGCGGCGCGUGCGAGACAAUAUACGAGCACCUGGAUACUGAAGGCGCUUACCACAUUAUACACACGCUUAAAAAGCCAGCAGAGGACCUGCAUUUUCAAGAGAUUGACGUUGAACAGAAUUUACACUCCUACCAGUCAACGGCUGGAGAAGAGGAGGCAUUCAAACAGAUCCUAGAGACCUACCAGCCAACGGCUGGAGAAGAAGUUGAGCAGCAGAGCAUCCCAACCGAGGCUCAGCAGCAGAGUCAUCCCCCAAUCGAACAGCAGCUGCCAGAGGCCGUGUCUGUAUUAAAUUUGCGGACAGAGGCGGCACUGUCAUUGCUUCUUCCUAAAGAGGCACUUGCCGGCCCCGCAGAUCUCGUGGAAUCGCCACAGCCUGGUCCUUACCCAGCCAUCGAAGCUUUUGUGGAAUCACCACAGCCUGACCCUCACCCAGCCAUUGAUGCCGUUGAGAAGGACACAAAAGAAACCCAAACUGAUUUUGACGAAGGCAAUUUUGAGGUUCCAGAUCCACAACAAGAACAGAAGCGCCUCAUCGUUGAGAACCUUUACCUGGCUCUCCAUCACAUUGCAACGACAAUCAAUCGGAUUGUAGAGACUCCCACCGUCGACAACCUGAUCGACAUUGCCAUCAGCAAGGACAGAGUAUUUGAGCUGUGGAAGAGGCUGCUGGUGGAGUCGGAGCACGAACUGUCCCCCGACGAUUUGCCCCCAUUGAUAGCCUUGCACGAGGACACUUCUUUCGCCAAGAAACUUGAAAGCGAUUCGAUGGGCUUGGAGUUCUUAAACAAACUACGUAACCUCUUCAGCUGGACACAUGCGAAAGAUGAAACUGCCACUGAAGUAGCCGGAACCGGCGACGUAAUAGACACCACACAGAAUCUUCGCAGCAGCGAAGAGCGUCGCGUGGCAGCCGGCACCGGCGACGGAACUGACACUCCAGCACCACAUUUCUACAAUACUUCCAGGAAGCGUUUUUGUAGUACCGAAAAACCAGAGUGCUCAUUUUUCAAGUACCGCCGUGUGGACAGCACAUUUCCCCGUUACAUUACGAAUCCGAUUGCCGAGGACAUGCCCACCACCACCGCGUCCAUGGCAGAACAGAACCCAGGGCCCGUGUCCCGUUUGCAGAUCCCCUCGUCGGGCAACAAGCGUCUGUCAAUAUUCAAUGAACCGCGCAGCGCACAGCAGAUCAUCCGCUAUCAAGGCCUCAGCAGCACCCACAUUGACUUGUCAGACGAUGAUGAGUCGCCAGUCAAUGGCUCCAUCUUCCAGUCGUUCGGCCGUGGACGUACCACUGCCUCCUCAACCGAUUGGCUGCUAAAUGGUCAGUCCUCGUCCCAGGGUAAUGGUUCUGCUCAUCCUUCAUCGAUUGUACGCCGCACGUAUGCGGAUGCAGUGCGCCUGGGCCAGGGUGGCAGUGGCUUCAUCGAGCAUGUACAGCCCGGCAUGAAUGGGCAUCAGCAUCACCCUCAUGCCGGGCGCGGAUCCCAGAACGACAGUCUGCUCAUUCACGAGGAACGUCGCUCGGAGCGCGAGCAGUAUAAUAAUCUUCUCCAAAACGUAGCCUACAAUGAACUCCGAUCAAACCAAUCCAGUCGGGCAAACCCGCCGCCGCUUUUGCCGAUCAUGAACUGGCACUCCAUGCCCAAGAAGAACACAGAAGGCUCCAGCUUCCAGACGCGACUAGAUCGAUCCGAGUACUCAAAACUGUUGGAAAUCGCCAAGCAGACGGCCAAGACACAGCGCCCAAAGUCGCAGACACCAGCACCACCGCCGCCACCACCGAUGCUGCGCACGACGGUCUGUGAAGUAAAUUCUAGUGACAGCAACUCUGGAAGCGGCAGUCCGCCGCCCUCUCAAACCACGGAAGCUGCUGCGCAGCCCGUCAUAAUCGAUCUGGACGAUAGCUCCAGCGAGCAGAAACAGGCUACGAAAAGCGAAACUGAGUAUCAGAAGCGAAUCCAGGCAAUGCAGAAGCGCUUCAGCGAAAGCAUAUUCUUCCGCGAUGAUUACGAGCAGACGUUCAGACAGCGCGAGCAGCGCCAACGCGCUGAAGCCGACCAUAAGCGUCAGCUGGCUUGCAUCGAGGCCGAAAAGGUAACCGAAGAGCGUCGCCGUCUGGAGAGUUCAUUCCGCUGGACCAUCUUGAAAUGCCACAUGGGAUGCGUGCCCUUAUUGAUGGACUUCGGUGCGAAAGAGGAAGACGAAAAGGAAAUUGAGUUUAUUCCAAUCACUGAUGAGCAGUUGCAGAAGGUGCAACACAUAGUGACAGGCCCAGAUAAUGCUCCUGUUAUCAACAAAUAUGGACUUACAAUCACUAAAAAGGAUAUUCGCACACUGACCGGCCUCUUUUGGCUGAACGACGAAGUGAUCAAUUUCUAUAUGAAUCUGCUCACCGAACGUUCGCAGCAGAAGAAGGGCAUUCUGCCCAGUGUCUACGGCAUGAACACAUUCUUUCUGCCACGCCUCAUCAAGGUUGGGUUCGAUGGUGUCAAGCGCUGGACGCGUAAGAUUGAUGUGCUGAGCAACGACAUCAUUCCAGUGCCUGUGCACUGCAAUGGUAUGCAUUGGUGCAUGGCCAUCAUACACUUAAAAAACAAGACCAUAUUCUACUACGAUUCGCUUGGAAAGCCGAAUCACAUCGCCCUGGAUGCCCUCAAGAACUACAUUAUGGCCGAGUCGCUAGACAAGCGCAAUGAGCCAUACGACAUGAGCGGCUUUAAGAUCGAAAAUGUGUUGAAUGGGCCGCAACAAACGAACGGAUCAGACUGCGGUGUGUUUAGCUGUAUGACAGCCGAAUAUAUAACUCGGGGAAAGCCGCUGACGUUUAAUCAGGAGCACAUGAGAUAUUUUCGUAACAAAAUGAUACUGGAGAUUGUUCAUGGGCAGCUGUGGAAAUAGUACUCGCCAAAAACACACACUACAGUCUACACCCUUAUGGAAUUAAGCAAUACAAAAGAAAUAGUAAAUAAAAUUAGGAAUAUAACUCUUUUGCAGGAGCGCGUCCCAAACACACACUUGCAAACAUAAUUUAUUGACUUAGUUGUCGAAAAACUACACGAAAGAAACAAAUGAAAUCAUGGGACUUGAAUCCGUCUAAAUCGUGGGAUCUAGCCACGCACGCAGCCCAAUAUGCAACCAGAAUCCCCAUCCGCUCCCAUCCCUCAAAUGAACAAAUACUUCUACAAGUUACUAAAUCUAUGGUCCAUGAACCAAAGGAAGCUCCACAACAUAAUUGAACUUGAAUACACAUUAAUUAGUACAUUAGAUUAGCAUGGGGGUUCAAUAUAAAUAAGAAAUAUAAUAUGUAACAAUAA